GAGAACGCGAUUGGUUCAAAGAGCUGUCAAUCACUGUACAGCGCACCGGCGAAUAGAGAGGAGGCGGGCUGAAGAAAGAAAAUUAUAAGGUCACUGGAAUAACCAGCGCUACAAGCCAUCGUUACAAUGAAACCGACAACAGAUAAGAAUGAAAAAAUGAAAUAAGCGUGAGCAAAGUCUACGAGGAGAGGCCGUGGUUCUCAGGCGAAAGGCAGGCGCGUGUCCGUUCAGCGCAGGUGGAGGUUUCUCUUAAGCCGAUCAAGGUGGGAUCGCACUUCUGCCGUAAAACACACGUUAUUGUGACCACGGACACCGAAAUCGAGGAUGUUGCGGUUGGCGUGCUCCACGGCUCUUCUCUUCGUGCUCCGGCUGUUCGCAGGCCUGCCCUGGUUCCAGGUUCUGCCAUCUAUUGCGAUUUUCUUCCUGGGUUCUGGAGGAUGGAAGUCUUUCCAUGUGUUUUCAAAGACCAUAUACCGCGAUUUGCAUGCAGCCAGUGUGUUGCUGAGGGUGAAACUCAAUGUCAAAAAGCACCUCCGUGAGCGCAACACCCUUCCCAAACUUUUUGCCAAGUCCGUCAAGAAAUACGGUGACAAGACGGCUCUGAUUUUCGAAGGAACGGGCGAGAAAUGGAGCUUCAAGGAGCUUGACGAGUACUCCAACCGCGUGGCUAACCUUCUGCUUCAGAGGGGCUUCAAGGAGGGCGACGUGAUCGCUCUGUUCAUGGAGAACCGCUCUCAGUACGUGGGGCUCUGGCUGGGCAUGGCAAAGAUCGGAGUGGAGGCAGCUCUCAUCAACUUCAACCUGAGACUGGAGGCCCUGGUGCACUGUGUCAACAUCUCCAACGCCAAAGCCGUGGUGUUCGGCAGUGAGCUGACGGAUGCGAUGUGUGAGGUGCACAGCUCCAUGGGAAAGACUGUUAAGCUGUUCUGCUCUGGAGAGUGGGACCCUAAGCGGGUUCCUGAAGGCACGGAGCAUCUCGAGCCGCUGCUGGAGGCGACCUCUACAAACCAGCCCAGCCAACCAGAUCGCAGCUUCACAGAUCGCCUUUUUUACAUUUACACAUCGGGAACCACUGGGAUGCCAAAAGCUGCUAUUGUUGUACACAGUCGGUAUUACCGCAUGGCCGCCUUGGUGUACUAUGGUUUCAGAAUGACGUCUGAGGAUGUGCUUUAUGACUGUUUACCACUUUACCACUCAGCAGGUAACAUCGUGGGAGUUGGCCAGUGUCUGAUCCAUGGAAUGACUGUAGUGAUCAGGAAGAAGUUCAGCGCAUCAAAGUUCUGGGAUGACUGUAUCAAAUACAACUGCACAAUCGUGCAAUACAUUGGUGAGAUCUGCCGCUAUCUGCUGAAUCAGCCGAAGAAGGAAGCAGAGCGCCAGCACAAGGUCCGCAUGGCCCUCGGUAACGGCCUCCGUCAGUCCAUCUGGGAGGAAUUCACCACCCGCUUCAACGUCCCACAGAUCGCAGAGUUCUACGGCGCCACCGAGUGCAACUGUAGCCUGGGCAACUUCGAUAACAAGACGGGCGCCUGCGGAUUCAACAGCCGGAUCCUGCCCUUCUUUUACCCCAUCCGCUUAGUCAAAGUGGACGAGGAGACCAUGGAGCUCAUCAGAGGACCUGAUGGAGUCUGUAUCCCUUGUGGUCCAGGAGAACCUGGUCAGUUGGUUGGCCGAAUCAUUCAGAACGACCCUCUGAGACGAUUUGACGGCUACGUCAAUCAGUCGGCCACUAAUAAAAAGGUUGCCAACGAUGUCUUCAAAAAGGGAGAUAGUGCCUAUCUCUCAGGGGACGUGCUGGUGAUGGACGACUAUGGCUACAUGUAUUUCAAAGACCGCACAGGAGACACGUUCCGCUGGAAAGGAGAGAACGUGUCCACCACUGAGGUGGAGGGAACGCUGAGCCGCCUGCUGGACAUGAAAGAUGUGGUGGUGUAUGGAGUGGAGGUGCCAGGUGCUGAAGGCAAGGCAGGGAUGGCAGCCAUAGCAGACCCGGAGCACAGCACAGACCUGGUGAAGUUUAGCCGGGACCUGGAGAAGGCCCUGCCGCCCUAUGCCCGGCCCGUGUUUCUGCGCUUCCUACCAGAAGUGAACAAAACAGCGACUUUUAAAUUCCAGAAGACAGACAUGCGACGGGAGGGAUUCGACCCCAACGUCAUCUCUGACAAACUCUACUUCCUGGACUGCACUAAGGGACAGUAUGUGGAGCUGAAUGUGGAGCUCCAUCGCAGCAUCGUCUCAGCAAAGCAGAAAUUAUGAGACUACUGCCAACCUCCAUCUGUUCCCUCACCACCCCACCCUCAGCAGCCCUCAAACCCCGCACCCUCAUCACUCCGCCCCUCGUUACCUCAACAAACACAGUGAGGGGCCGCAGGAACGCAUUCUGCCCGUAUAUUCAAGCCCCUGUUGAUUCAUUCUCACAGACCACCUCUCUUACAACCGAGACGGGAC